AUGAUUAUAAAUGCACUGGAAAAUUGUGGAUUGGAUUUACAAUUGUGUAACAGUCAAGGCUAUGAUAUUGAUAUUCACUGUCAGGUAUACGGGUAUCCAAGCAAGGAUCAAGGAAAAAAUAGUAAAAUCAUGUUUGUGCCUUGCGCAAACCAACUCCACACAAAUUUGUGUGGAGUUCAUGCAUUUGCAAUCAACUCUAGCUGUGCAAAGUUUUUUGCAACUUUGGAAAGUGUAUAUAGUUUUUUCUAUACUGUAUCUGUAAAACAUCUAUCUGACACUAGGUGGAGUGCUAAGCACGAAGCUGUGAAAUCUAUUUUGAAAGAUUUUGAUAAGUGA